AGACAAGUUAGGUCUUUGGUAGAACCCAGGUUGUUGCGGUCGUUCCUUUCGUACACAGACUUGUCGCUGAUUAAAUCUCGGGUUCAAAAUGGCGCGGGAACUUGAGGAAAAACAUUCAGUGGAGAUGCCAUCUUGUUUGCGUGCGCUCUUUGAACAAACAAGCAGUGAACAGCAAGACAAAUGGUUUGCAAACAACGCUCGUUUUUCGACGAAAUCGCACAAAUCGAUACUGUCAUUCAAUGGCAUGGCCCUUCCACCACCUCUGCUCACAGAGAAAGAGCAAGCUGAAAUGCGUCAGCAUAGAAGGGAAGCAGUCAAAUGUGAAGCCAAAAUGUUUGAAAGAAGGAGAGAAAGGUAUUCAGGUCUACUCCUACAAGUCAUGUCAGUCGUGGACAGGAUUCAGAAACAAAGGGAUUUGAAGGAGUCAACUGAAGCUCAAUUUGAUGAUCAAGAUUUAAGAGAGAGGACACUUACUUCAGAAAAUGAUCAGACAGGAAGCAGAACAUUAUAUCCAAAUAAUAUGCAAUCUGCUUUGUUUGAGACUGACUUUGAUAGAAGAUAUGUGUGUGAUGCUACUUCCAACACUGAAAGAAAUUCAAAACAAGAACAGUUCAGUUCAUUACUAGGAGACUGGACUGAAAGCAGUAAUCACAAUGAGCAAACAAGCAGAGUGAACAGUCAGAUGGAUUAUUUACCAGAAUCUACAAAUACCAACUCUGGAAAUCAAAGAGGAACAUAUAAAUACCAUGGCCAUCCAUUAAGAAAUGAGAAUUCUAGGGAAGAAUUUACAAGUUUGCCUGGAAAAUUUGCAAGUGAAGAUUUCCUGUUUAGCUCCACUCAAAAUAAGGAAACCUUUGAUUUUAAAAGACCACUUUCAAAACUCUCUGUUGCUUCAGACAUUACUUUGCGAGGCUCCCUUGAAUUGUUUCUAGACAAGAAGGGACAAGUGUCUGAUUCACUUGCAUCUACUGUUUUGUCUGUGGCCUCAUCAGAUUACAGUGCUCCAACUGUACAAUCAUCCGUUAUAGAAUCACAGCCCACAGGAUCUUCCAUUCAACAGAGUACAGAUUCACCAGCUGAGAGCAUCCAUGACAAAAACUUUGAAGACAAGACAAGAUUGCCAUCCACAAGGCAAAUACCAAGCGGCAAGACUCACUCAAAGAUAGUUUCAGGAAAACAAGAGUCUGAGAAACAAAAAGCUAGAAAUAUACCAGCUGUCCAAGACCAAGAUAAAACUCUGGCAAACUUGGAAAAACUAAGGCAAAAACUCCUUGAGGAAAAACAAAAGCAACUAGAUGCUCUGAAGCAACAGGAGCUGAAAAGGCUUCAAAAACAAAAAAGGGUACAAGGAAUUGGUUCAGAGCAUACAUAUGCUUCCUUUCAUAGCCACAGCGAGCAUUGUACAAUGGAGAGACCACGGUCUAGUUCUGUACCUUUGACAAAGCAAUCAGACCUAACACAGGCACUCCUUGAGGAAUCAGAAAGUCAUACAGUUAAAACUGAUAGAUCAUCUGCAGAUUAUCACAGACCAGGAACAGCACCCCUUCGUAGACCUAUUUCAAUGCCUCCAGGUGAAAUGUACUCUAUUCUAGAGCUAAGUGGAGAGAAUCUUGAUUUUGAUAACCAUGAUGAAGACAAUGUUGAACCUGAAUCAUCUUCUGAUAAAGAGAACCAUGUUGGAGAGGAGGUUGAGGUUUUCAGAGGAAACAGAAACAAUGCUUUUGUGGAGAAUGUUCCUGGUGAUGUUAUGAAUAGAAGAAAAAGUGAGCAGAGAAACAUGAAUCCUUUCAUUGCAUGGAAGGAUUCCAAGAUCUUCUCACCAGAAGUGGAUGACCAGUUUGUGUAUAAUGGAUGGGAUAAAUUUGCCAAACUCUCAGCCCAUGCCAAAGGAUUUCUAACGAGGUUAUUAAUGAAAACUGACAAGGUACAAGGCUUGAUAAAGACAGUCAAGGACACCAGAGAUGUGUUGGAAGAUAUAUGUAAAGAAGACACACAGUCUGUUCAGGAAAAGAUACUCAAAGAGAAUGUUGAGGGCCAUCUAAGAAUAGCAAGAGGUAGUCUACAUGACGUGUUCUUUAAGAUAUCUAUAAGGGAGAGAAUGUCCUACAUAGCCCAUUCAAGAGACCUAGCAAGAGCUAAAGAGGCUAAGUGCAGAAACACCAGGAGCUCUAUAGGCCAGUCAAGACUAUCUGCUGUCACUUUACGGGCAAUACAGAGAAGACAGGAAGGAUUAGAUACCUCUGUAACACAAACUGUAAAUUCAGAGGUGAAGCCAAAACCUGAACUGAAGGAAGAGAAGAAAAAGAAAACUUGGAACAUCAGGGUUCUAAAACCACAGCAGGGACAUACUUCUCCACCUCUACCUGACAGAGCAAGGUCUAAGAAGCCAAACUCCAGACCAGCCACAGCCCCAGAGAAACCUCUUAAUCCCAGGUUUCAAAAGGAUGAUGCUCUUAACCGACCCAAAACAACAGGUAAUACAUAUGGAAAACCUGAUAAGCCAUCCAGAUCUAGCUUGGGAGGUGGAUAUCAACCUCCAAAUAGACCAUCAAGACAAAGUAUUGGAAGUAUUACUAAACAACCCAAAGUUACGGCUCAACCAAGGGCAAAGAAACGACUGAGUCUACCAGAGAGUGCUCAACCAAGAAUUAAAGGACAUGUUACAACCAAAGAUGCAGUGCAGAGGCCUAAAAAAGCUUCAGAGGUGAAGAGAAGUUCAAGAACCUUGGCUGCAAACUUUUCGCAUUAACUGACAUAGGCUAAGAAUAUAUUAGUUAUGGUUGAACAUGUAGAUUGAUGUGACAACAGACUUGUACAUUGAAUACAAUGGAUAUGAAUUUAUCAGAGUAUUUAUCUAAAGGUGAGAUUACUAUUUAAAGGAAAACAUUAUAAGAGCUACAGAGUGAAUUUUGUAAGCCUUGAUUUAGUUUUCAUUUGCUAUUCAUCUGCAUGGCCUUGUCCUGGUACUUUUUGUAUACUUCCUUUAUUAGCUAACUUGGUAAGAGAAUGUUGUUGCAAGUGACAAUCUUUUGCCUUGGAUGCAAAAAUUUGUUCAAUUUUCUGGUGAAAGAUAAAAAUAAUUGUUACAGCAAUUUUCAAUAAGGUGUGAUGAGUCUGUCCAAUUUUUGACAAAAUUAAAAAGUUCUCAAUUUUUGUUUAAUAAUUUUCACCCAUAGGAAUUCUGAGGUUCUUUGUAAGCUUAAUAGAAACAUUGAACUUGUUUGUGGGACUCUUAAAAUGGUGUAGCAUUAAAUUGUCAAAUAUAUGCAAAAAGGUCUACUUUGUAAAAGUAACAUUUUUUAAAUAACUGAAAUACUACGUGUGCUUAGUCUGGUCAAAAACCUUUUGUUAAUUGUAUUUGUAAAAGUGUGGCAAUUUAUUUAUUAAAGAGCAUUUUUGGUGCAUUUUCAGUUUGUUUAUCAGUGUUGUAACCUUUGCAAGGAUGGGAGGACACCAGAAAAUUUUGUGAAAUGCUCACUUAUGACUUGUGACUUACAGACCUCUAACACCCUAAUGGGCUGUUGCAUCAGUAACCAGAUAGAAAGUGUAGCCUGUAAUGGCCAAAACUGACACUUGCCAGUCAUAAUG